CUUCAAGGCGGAGUGCGGUCCUGUGGAUUGUUUACCUCCCGCCUAUCUUCGCUCGGUAGUUUUCGUGUGGGAUUCGAACCGUGCUCAUGAUUCAUUUUCGUUUAAAAACAAUAAUCGAUAAUGAAAAAACAAACCACCUGACUGCUCGCUAGUUUGUAAUAACUUUCGCGAUCGAACCUCGACGAACAGUGGCAUCGACCACGAGCUAAACAUUAACCUUGGAGGAAUCACAAAAUCAACUGAUCGUCCGCCAAUUGACGCAGCUGCAGCGUCGUACCGUCGGUUCAAUUUGAUCCACUAUGUGUUUGUGCCGCAGGGAAUUCUUGCUUUUAUCACUUUAAUAGGCCCACAUCGGUACGUUAUCACUGCUCUGUUGCAUACACGCGAUUGCUUUUGUCGCUCUCGCAAACAAUAUAACGAUUAUAGCUGGUCGUCAUUUCCUAUUAAGUGAUUUGUGCCUACGUAGGAUAUUUCUAGUAAAAGUUUUAUGAUGAGAGACCAUGGUGAAACUGUUGUGUGUAGAGGAAAAUCAGUGUAUCGCACAACAGGAUUAGAGGAAACGGUUGCUUCAUUGUCAUAGUAUCGGAUAUUCUGUAGUAACCUGUUUACUGAAUGUUAAAAUCCUCAGCAACAGUUUUGAUUCCACUACAAAACCGUAUGAUCUGAACUAAAAGUGACUCCCCCUCUCCUGCGAGCUGCGAGUGUUGUGGGGUUUCAAGAGAGAAACAACAAUGAGUGGCACUAACAGAGUUAGGGGAAGAAAGCCUUACACACGGAAUACAUAUGAGAACAUGUGGUUUAAAUAAGUAAUUUCCAGACUUGAAAGGUGAAAAUUAGUAUUUGUUAUGGACAGUAGUCGUGGAUUAGUGUUGUAAAUAAUUACCUAUUAUUAAAUGUAUUGACUGUAAAAAUGCAUUCGUAUUGUGGUGUUGUCAAGAGCAACAGUAAUGCUGCCAAACCAGUAAGCGCCAGCGAGAACGAAGAAGAAGACGAUAACGAGUUCUACGAUGCUCUAGCAGAAGGAGGCGGCACCCCCAACAACCAAGUCACCGAUGAUCAUUUCACUCUGAACAUCCGGACAGGUGGACACAGACGAAACAGUUCGGAUAGUUCCAGCGAGACAGAAGAAACACGGGAGACGAAACAGGUAGUUGUGGUGACUGGUAAGCAUGCAAACCUUAGUUCAACGUGUGAAACAGGCGAUCAGUGCUUAUCAGUAAAUACCGUCGAUAACGUUUGUACUGACAGCGCUGGUGGUGACAACCAAUCUGCCACGACGGCCAGCGCCAGCAAAUCGAAACGGAAGAGGCGCACCCGAGUCCCAGACAAGCCCAACUACCCCCUCAAUCUAUGGAGCAUCAUGAAAAACUGCAUCGGCAAAGAUCUGUCUAAGAUUCCGAUGCCGGUCAACUUUAGUGAACCACUUUCCAUGCUCCAAAGGCUUACCGAGGACUACGAAUAUGCCGAUAUAUUGGACAUUGCCGCCAAGAUGGGCGACCCGUGCGAGCAGCUGGCGUACGUAGCAGCGUUCACGAUAUCAGCAUACUCGACCACCUCCGACAGAACCGGGAAACCGUUCAACCCCCUUUUAGGCGAAACGUACGAAUGCGACCGCAGGGACGACCUCGGAUGGCGGGCCAUCAACGAGCAAGUCUCACACCAUCCGCCCAUGGUGGCGCAAUUCUGCGAAGGGAAGCAGUGGAACUGCUGGCAGGAGUUCACCAUGAGCACCAAGUUCCGUGGCAAAUACUUGCAGGUGAUACCAUUAGGAAUAGCACAUGUAGAAUUUGCAAAUAGUGGUAAUAGAUAUUCCUGGAGAAAAGUUACUACAACUGUACAUAACAUCAUCGUAGGAAAAUUAUGGGUAGAUCAACAUGGUGAUAUGGAGAUAGUGGGCAAGGGCAAGGCGGCGGGUAUCAAAUGCCAUCUAAAGUACAUACCGUACUCGUACUUUACGCGCGACUCGCAGCGACGCGUCAAGGGCGUCGUCAUGGACAAAGCGGGCAACGUGAAGUGGAUAGUAAACGGCACCUGGGACCAACAGGUGGAGAUCGCCAAGGUCACCGGGAACACCGGGACGGCAGCAAAUCCAAUCUACGAAACGGGCGCGUCUAUACUGGCAUGGAAACGUAGGCCGCCCCCUCCAGAAUCGGAAAAAUUCUACAAUUUCACACUGUUGGCGUGCCAACUGAAUGAGCACGAGCCCGGUGUAGCGCCGACGGAUUCUAGGAACAGGCCCGACCAACGUCUGAUGGAGGAGGGCCAAUGGGACAAGGCCAACCAGGAAAAGGUCCGGUUGGAGGAGAAACAGAGGGCUGUCAGGAGGCAGAGGGAGGCGGAAGCGGAAAAGGCAGCCGCUGAAGGCCGUCCAUAUGAUCCGUACAAGCCAGUUUGGUUUGAGCAAACGAAAGAGGACAACUCGGACGUUGUGCACCACGUAUACAAAGGUACCUACUGGACGUGCAAAGAGAAACAGGAUUGGUCGAUGUGCCCUAAUAUAUUCUAAGAAACUAUAUCUACAAAAAGGUGUGGGGGGAAGGUGAUAUCGUCUUAUAGUCCAGGUGAUUGACCGUUGGUAUCGGACUGUUUUUCUGUAGUACAAGAUUCGAUGUACAUUGUUUUUUAAGAUAUUUAUGAAUCAAGGUAGGUACAUAUCUUGACCUCAGCAUCACUAACCAUCUUCAGCAACUAAAAUUUUGUUUCCGGCAAAAAAAAAGAUUCUAUAAAAGAAAAUGUAGAAAGUAAUAAAUAAUACCUGAUUAGAAAUAUAAUUUCAUAUUCACAUUUCACACUUGUGCAAGAUAUAAUUAAAGACUGGGACGUUUAGAUGGACCUGGAUUAUGAGAAAUUACUGCAAGAUAUGUUUUUUUUUCAAUUUUAUUACCAAGGUGAUAAUGGAUUUGUUUGAAAGUAGUCAGAAAUAUUGUAAAGAAACAAAUAAUAUAAAAUAUCCAUGGAAAAGUGUUAUUCUUAUAUUUUGGCGUGUUCAUCAUGGAUUAAUUUGCAAUCAGGAUACUUUGCGAUAUAUGUAUAUAUAUCAAACGUUAUAUUUGAAAUUUUCCUUCUUUGUAAAUAUAUACCAUUAUCCAAACAAUCUGACGCAACUAUAAUCUGUUCUAGCCUCAUUUACGCCGCGUCAAAACGACAUCCAUUCUCCAUCUUCAAAUGCUCGCGUUCUUUAGGCCAGCUGGCCAUAAAUGCCUGAGCACGCAGCGGCAGGCGAUUUUAAGGGGCGAUCGAGUGUACGCGUUUGUUUGACGCGGCGUAAGUAAAGGUUUGAAUAGAGUUUACAAUCUUUUGUUUCUUAAUAUGUGAUAAUGUAAAUAAAUAUAUAUGAUAUUGCUUGUUUAUUCCUUUCAUUGGUUUUUAUGAAUGGGCCAUUGUUCCACUAAAAAAAGUUUGAGACUAUUUGUUUUUUAACGAUGAUAUUGUAUAUAUAUUAUUAUUAUGCUUGUUAAAAAUUUAGAAUUCAAUAAAAAGUUUUAAUACAUAUCA